GAAAUCCAUGACACUGAGACGCAUUAUGCACCGGGUCGCAAACCUAUUCUUCUACUGGAUGAAGCCACCUCUGCUAUGGAUCCGGAUACUGAAGCGGUUCUGCAGGAAGUUAUAGAGGAAGAGUUCACCCGCCAAGGGCACACAGUGACCAUUGUAGCUCAUAGGGUGAGUAGCAUGGUCAAGUACUUCCGAGACGGCGUCGACGCAGUCGUCUGGACAAACGAAGGGAGAAUCGAGAAAGUGACACAUACUCACAAGGCUGCAGGAUUUGAGCUCGAGGAGGGUAGUGAAGAACGUAAAGGAUACAACAAUACUAGGCCUAUAAUUUACACUUAUCUAGAACUUUCGCCCUCACCAAUCUUUGCUUGAACUUUUGGACGAAAACUAGCAUACACAUUGGCAGAAUUCAUAUACAUCUUGUAAACAAGCAUACAUGCUAAUCAGCCAGUGAAUUAAUACCCAACAUAAACCACAAAAGUCUAUAAUACUGAAGAAGAACAACCCCGUAAACCCCAAACACCAAAACACGAACCCCAAC